AAAAACUGAAAAAUAGUAAUUUCAAUGUAAUAUUUCCUCUAUAGAUCUGCAUCAUUUUACAUUAGUGAGAAGAUUAUGAGAAUUUCCAAAUAUGGCAAGAAGGAUAUGAUUUUGUUUGGUUAUCUAUUUGUAUAGUUUUACAAAGAAAAUUAAUGAUAAUUAUAUCUUACAAGUAAUUUUGUCUGAUUGUUCAACUUAAAAUAUUUCGUUUAAAAUGAUCAAAUUUGCGAUAAUAUUUCUAACAAUAAUUUAUUUAACAUUAGCUGAUGAUUAUUAUGAUCUUCUCGGAGUGAGUAAAAGUGCAGAUCAAAGAGAAAUUCGUAAAGCUUUCAAAACAAUCGCUGUUACUUAUCAUCCUGAUAAAAACAAAGAUGACCCAAAAGCACAUGAAAAAUUUAUUAAAUUAACAACGGCUUAUGAAGUAUUAAAGGAUCCAGAAUCAAGAAAAAAAUAUGAUCUUUAUGGAGAAGAAGGUUCUGCGAAAGUCAAUUAUCAUUCCUGGAAUUAUUACAAAUAUAAUUUUGGAAUUUACGAUGAUGAUCCACAAGUUGUCACUCUUAGCAGAAGUGAUUAUUCUGAGAAUGUAUUUAAUUCGGAAAAAAUGUGGUUGGUGAAUUUUUACUCACCGAUGUGUAACUUUUGCCAUCAUUUGGCACCAAUUUGGCGUAAAUUAGCAGAAGAGUUUGAAGGAGUUAUAAAAGUAGGGGCAGUUAAUUGCAAAGAUGAUUAUCAUCUUUGUCACGAAAUUGGUAUAACGGGGUAUCCUUCUUUACUUUAUAUUGCAAAGAAUUCAACAUAUGAGAGACAGUAUACUGGAGAAAGAACGCAUAAUGCAAUUAAAGAUUUUGUAUUAAAUAAGUUGAAUAUUAAUAUUCCUGAGAUAAGUUUGUCUAAUUGGAAACGUCUUAUAAAAAAUCAUGAACUCAUUAAAAAACCCAUGCUUGUAUUUACUUAUAAAAAUAAGGAAGAAUGUUUACCAUACGAUGAUCUUCUUAAAGUUGCUGCUAUUUUUGAUAAAACAUUAAAUAUUCAACUACUUCACUGCAAGGAAACUGAAUGCAAUGAUAUUUCCGAUAACACUUGUGCGAUUUUGUUGCCAACAACAAGUGACCAAAAAACUUGGGUACCCAUAUAUUUGAAAAAUAUAGAAACAGUCAAAGAUUUAAUAGAACAAGUUUUAGAACAAUUUCCAGAACCAAAGAGACUUACUGAUCAAGAAUUUGAGGAAAUAAGAAGAGAGCUUAGAGAAGAAUCAGGGAUAGGUUGGCUCGUAUGUUUUUAUAUGGGACAUUCAACUGAAUUAGAUUUAAUACUUAAGAAACUUCCUAAUGUUAUUAAUAAUAUUAAUCUAGGUAAAAUUAAUUGUGGAAGGUACGGAUAUCUUUGCAACACAUUAGACGUGAACAGAUAUCCAAUGUGGGGUGUUCUUAAACCUGGAGGAGCUUUUGAAUUAAGUCAUGGAAAAAAUACAAUUCAUGAUAUUGCUAAGUUUGCUAGAAGUAGUGUUAAAGCUAAAAAUCUAUGGGCCUUAUCUGCCGAUAAAGUAUUAUCAAUAUUACAAGGAAAUAGUGAUAAAGAAGUAUGGUUUUUAGAUUGGUAUGCACCAUGGUGUCCUCCUUGUAUGCAGUUUUUGCCAGAACUUCGUGAAGCAUCUAUGCAAUUCGAUAAAUCGGUUGUACAUUUUGGUACGAUUGAUUGCACCGUGCAUUCUUCGAUUUGUCGAAAAAACAAUAUACGUUCUUAUCCAACUGCAAUGCUCAUUAAUGGUACUAAAACAUAUCAAUUUACAUCACCAAAAACAGCUGCUAAUGUAAUACGAUUUAUAAAUGACAUAAGAUACUCGUCAGUUAUACAAUUAUCUGCCAACAAUUUCAAUCAAUAUCUUGAAAAGGAUAAAGAUAAAACUAUAUGGAUAGUUAAUUAUUUUGUUGGUUGGUGCUCACCUUGUCAAAAUUUAAAACCGGAAUGGUUUGCUGUUGCUAAAAUUUUAAAUAUUCUGCCAUUCGUUAAAGUAGCCACUGUUGAUUGCGAAGUAGAAAAUUAUUUAUGCAGAUUGCAAAAAGUGGAAAGUUAUCCUAAUAUACGAUUGUAUCCAAGAGACCGUAAAAAUUUAGACAAAGCUAUUAAAUACGAUGGACCACAUAAAAUGUGGUAUAUAUUAAAAUGGAUUUCUAAAUAUCUUCCAACUAAAGUGUACGAUUUGGAUCCAAACAGUUUACAGAAGAAAGUAUUUUCUGGAAAGGAUGUGUGGUUGGUUGAUUUUUAUGUACCUUGGUGCGAUCAUUGUCAAACACUGGAUCCACAUAUUUCAAUCGCCGCACAGUUAUUUAGCAACAAGAUAAAUUUUGGAAAAUUUAAUUGCGAGCUUUAUCAUAUGGCAGCAAUUAAAAAAUAUCCGAUAUUAUUUCUUUACGAUAAAAAGCACGAUAUAAAAGAUAUCGAUAAAGGUUUUCAAAUUAAUGCAACGUCAUCUGAAAUGAUUAAAGAACAAUUGUCGAAUUAUUUAAAUUCUAAAAAGAAGAAUAAACGCGACGAAUUAUAACGAUAAGUUAUAAAUAUAAU